GUAAGAUUAUGCACGGUUGAUACAGAAUAUCUACAUUUCUUCUUGAAAAUUUUUGUCAACUUCCUGAAAAUGAAUUCUUUCAAUAACAAGACACCGGCAUAUAUGUGUGAGUAUUUUUCUACUUCCUCUAAAAAAUACCAGAUCAUUGUUAAGAGAGAAAAACCAAGAUUGAGUGCGGCACAACGAGCGUAAGAAAGUAUUAGGAAAUUUCUUGUCUACAACACUUUUCCCUUAAGUUACGUUGCACAAAGCCUAAGAUAGUCCAACGCCCUUUGUUAUUGACAGCAAUGAACUGGAUUACGUUACACAUAUCAAGCAUCUUGGAGUAGUCAUCGACAAUUCACUCUCUUUCAACGUACACAUUAAAGAAGUUUGCCGGAAAGUGAACACAAAAGUUUCAAUUCUCCGUCGCAUUCGUAAAUUUAUACCCUCAGAUGUGAUGACUAAAUUGUACAAAGCUUUCAUUCUCCCUCACUUCGAAUAUGCAUCACCACUGUUUAUAGGUCUAAGUAAGGGUCUUUCUGCGAAACUGGAGUCAACCAACGCAUUCGCUCUGAGGACUCUUCUCAAUUAUUUUAAAUCGACUGCUUACGAAGAGUUAUUGAAAACUGCAAAUAUUAAAAGUUUAGAACAUCGACGCAUAGAACAAGCACUUAUACUUGUAUAUAAAAGUGUUCAUAACCAGACACCGAACUACAUUCAGGAAAUGUUUUCUCUGCGAAGUAAUGGUUACAGCCUAUGUGGCCAUCUUAAGGUUGUUCUUCCAAGACCAACCUCAUCUUACAUGCAACAUUCUUUUAUGUACCAGGCUAGCAAACAAUGGAAAAAUCUGACAGACAAAAUAAGGAUGUCGGAAUCCCUUUCUAUAUUUAGGAAAAAUUUGCAAGACAUACAGUUGUCCUCAUCGUAUGACUGCAGCUGUUUGUUUUGUAAACCGAUAUUCUCUUUUAUUAAAUUAUUGAUUACUUUAAUAUUAUUCAUUCUAGAUAAUUAAUUUUUAUUUCUUACCUAUUACUCAUUACUUAUACAUGUAAAUUAUGUCAAUUUUUAUGGCACAUUUGCAUUUAAAUGAGCUAUUCGCUCAUAUGCGAUAUGUGGUUAAAUAAAUAAGUUACUUAUUUACUUAGCAGGUUUCAAACAAGACGACAGGUGAAAGGAAAAAACCCACCAGGCGCGAAAUUCUAUGGGGAAGUUGACUCCAAAACGACGCUUUUUUAAGGGCAUUGCUUUGUUGAGGGUCUUGAGGGAAUUUGCACUCGAAUACACCUCUAAAUUUACUAAUAAUUUAUAUUAUAUGUAGUUAUAUGAACUGUAUCAUAUUCUGUCGUUUUCAAUAGUGUAAGCUUCUUUGUUUACCAAUGUAUACAAUGAACAUUUCCAUGAAAUCUGAAUGUUCCCAAAAAAAACGACAUAAUCUGUUUUUUUUCUUUUAUAUGUGCAAUACAGAUGCCAAAGGUUUCAAGCUUGACAAAUUUCUUGGAAAUUUACAGGUAUGUGGAAUAGUAGAAAUUCCUUUGCACCACUCACUUAUAAUUAUAAAUUUGAAAUUAAACCUCUCACUCAUUGAAUUUUUACUUAAUAUGUAACAAUUAAAUACACUAAAAAGAGGGUUUGAUCUUGGGAUUAACACCAUGUAGUCUAAUCGCUCAGGUGAUGUUAGUCCUGAGAAAGAUUGUUGUUGGCAGUAUGGCUAUCAUUGUGAUACUCUUAGCAGAAGUCAUUGUCAUAGUGAACUGAUACGAUAAGCUGAUCUAUUGGAAGACAGAUAAAUAGGUGACCUCAACAGUGACAACAUUUUUCUUUCCUUAUCAUACAUGUAUAAAACAAAUCAAUUCCAUGUUGCUGUGGCUCUGUACAGUAAUAGAGCACAGCAGAUGUCAAGAUGUGGUAAGAACAUUCGUGACACUCUCAGCUGCACCCUGUGUGCAAUAGUUUUGUUUUUACUACAUUUUGAUGUCAUCAGUAAUCUUUUACCAAACAGAUGCAGCACAGUGACAUGUAAUCUAUUUAUUAAUUUGUCAACUCUGAUGAUGACUUGAGGUUGUCAAAACAUCUGUCUUUCUUAAGAUCACCCUCACCUGUAUUAUCAGAAUACAUAAAUAUAACAUUUCUUUUAUACCAGCCUGUGUUUGGAAGAGGGUCUGAUUAUUGUCAGUAACCUUCAGCUAAUAAGAUUGUCUUUUUAACCUCUAUAGGCUUACAAAAUUGCUACAGGCCAAGUAAACAAGAAUGAACUAAAGAAUGUUUCUGAAAGAUUUGGUGAGUGUUUAGAGUAGAGCUACUAAGCUAUGUCCAUGUGACUCCUUAACCCUAACCCCCUCCCAUGGGAAGGCAUUAUGUAUAUUUGGUGACAAUAUACCCUUUUGGGAAGCCUCUAUUUGGUGAUAGAGAUGAUUUGAGCUGCUGCUCAAAUUUUUCUUGAAUCAGGAAUGCAGUUGCUCAAAUGUUUUAAGCUACUGUUCAAAUAAUUCUUUGUCAUGUAUACCUAUGACAUAUCACUAUAUAUUGACCUCUAUAUUUCUUGAAACAAGGUGAGAUGUAGGCUUUGCUUAUGAAAACCUAUGCAUGUUGGGUAAUUUACACUAUUAUGGGAAGGGUAUAUUCUGUGAAAAAAAGUCAACAUUCUUGACCUCUUCAGUUUUCAUUUCAAUUGGAUCAAUCUCAAUAUUCACAGGAUUUAACUUCUGUCGCCAUCUUUAUGCUUUGAAAUCAGCAAAAGUUACGCUCAAUGAUCAAGGCUUUGAUCAGCUACAACACCUUUCCGAAGCCAACUAAGGCCAAGCCCAACAAUGACCUUUAGCUUACUUGAGCACCAUUUGUUAUUAGCACAUUUCAAGUUUAUAAAUUGAUGGUAUUGUCAAAAUAUUGGCCAAUCGAAAGUUGUCUGAAAUUCUCAAACCAAUCACAUGUUGUUGCUCAGGCAGGUAAAAUUAUGGGUGUGAGUUAUAACAAAUGCCAAAGUGGGGUGGUGCUGGAGCAGACAUAUUGAAAUACACAAAGGAGAAAAUGUUUUGUGCAUUGAAAGAAGUGCAAACUGCAAACAAAGAAGAUAAUUUUGGUUUGACAAUUCAAUAAAGGCGUGUAAAUGUUCUGUGUGAGCAAAAUUCUUUGCAGAGAGAUUCAAAUGGUCUGACUGCACAUUUUUCUUUGGAGCUUUUCUGUCAAUUGCUGUGUGAUAUUCUAAUGAUUGCAUGGUUUUUUCUUUUUCUCGAUAUUCUUUUGAGUGGGGCUGGAUUGAUUAUUUUUUUUAUUUAGAAGUUUGCAUUAAUGAAUCAGUGGUUAUGCAUGAAAAAUGCAAAUUUUAGAUUCGCUAUUUUGUCAAAAUUUUAUCAAUUAUAAUUUCAAGUUGAAUGGAAAUAACUGCAGUACAAAUAUGAUGCAAGUGACACAAAUGUAAAAAAAGUGCAAGUUGAACUUUGAAUGAUCAAGUAUAAUUCCACAGUAUCUGUGAAAUAAUGUAAGUAUGUUUUUCUAAUGUCUGUAGUCUGUUAAAAUAAAAUUUUCAUAGUAAACAUCUGGAUUCUUUUAUACAUUGAGUCAUUAAAAGUGUUCCUAUAAUUCAUUGUAGGAUCUGAUGAAGGUGCAGUGUUUGGAACUCUUAUUACAAAUGCCUCUAAAAGCUCCAAAAUUGAAGGUACUAUUUGUUUGUCCAAGGCAGACAGUGUAUUAAGUUCUUCUACAGUGCAGAGAUAGUUGAUGAUGGUAUUUGUUGCUUUCUGUCCAGAAAAUAUGAAAUGCUGCUAAGUUAAAGGCAGUUACUGACUUUUAGAUAGCAAAAUGAUAGUGUCUUAAAUUAAAAUCACCCUUAAAUUUUUAUCUUCAUGUGUUUCCUCAAAAAAGGUUCUGUGAAACAAAUUUUUUUUUUAUUUUGUUGAAUUAUAUUUAAUAGAUCUUUCUACAAAGUUUUUAAUAAUAUGUGGAGUAGAAAAGACUCUCUGAAUCUGCCUGUGCUUUUAGGACAACUCAUUAAUUUUUUUUUGGCUCUCAGGUAAGAAGAGGCAAUCACCAGCAAGAAGAAGAAGGAGGAAAAGAAGGAAGCAAAACAAUGGAGAAGGGGAUGAAGAACAUCCUGAUCCCUCUGUGUCAAAGUCAAAUUCAGGAUCUCUUCCUUUGACUUUAGAUGAACCACUUACCAUUCCACCAGCACUGUUGGGUAAAAUCUCUUACAAAAAAUGAGUUAUGUUUGGUUUUAACUUGCAGAUCUCUUGUUACCUCCUUUGGUUGGUGCCAUUUGAGAAAAUGCAUUAUUAAUAUGAAAAAUGAAUGCCAUGGGAUUCAUCAGCUGAAAUCUAAGAAGAAAAGAAGAAAUUUAUGAAUUCUGAGCAAUCAGCAAUUAAUUUUCUCAUCCACUCAUAAUUCUAUGAUCUAUUUUUGAUUUCCCCAUAUUGAACAAUCUUUAAUUUAAAUUUAUUUUCAUUAUUUGGAAUUGAAAUGAGAGGGCUAAAGUUCUGUGAUCAAAUUUUCAACUCUUGAAAAGAAAAGGUAUCUGAUCUUUAACUCAGGUAUGAGCUGUGAAAGGUCAGGCACUUGAGGUAAUCAUCUGCUUUUACCUUUUUUUAACAUUGGUGAUAACAUUUUACAACUAAGGAGACCUUUUGUUUAACUUCCUCCUCCUGGGUCUAACCAGCUGAGGGUAACUUUGUAUGUUCCUGGGUCAUUUGUUAAAUCAAAUCACACAUGUUAUGCCCCCAACCAGAAAACCCUGGCAUUACAGUAGAAUCCUUUUUUUCUUGUUGUAUAGCAUACAAAGACUGUGGCUCCUCAGAUGAUGGUGACAACGAUUCUAAAAAUGCACAGAAGGAUGGAUAUUCUUCAUCUACAACCAAUGAGAGUGAUGACUCCGAUGAGGGUGAAACAGACUUUUUUGGACUGAAUUCCAACAAAAAGGAAAUCAAAGUACUUGAUUCUUAAAAAUCAUUAUCUAUCAAAUUAACAAACAAUUCUGAAAAAAAAUUGUGCAAAUGAAUUGGAGUAUUAUUUUCUAUUAUAAAGAACUUAUUUUGUCAUUUUUUUCUUGUUAUUUUAAGAGCUCAAAAUCUAAAACUUCCUCAGAAACAUACGGUGAAAGAUCAAGUAGAUACACAAGAGCAAAGGAGGAAAAGUAUGUCUUGCAUAAAUUGUAGUUUAAUUUAUGUCUUUCAUUGUUAGCCUCUUUAAAUUUGUGUGUUGUGUCUUUGAAUUUGUUUUUAGUAUUGACAUUUAUUCUAUCAACUGGAAGGUGUGUGAAGAGGAUGAAAAUAGUGAACAAUUAACAUUUAACUUGUGAAUCAAAUGGUUGUUGUUUCUGUGGUGUGAUUAUCCAGCUGACUAAGCAGCCUCCAAAGGGAUUUUUUUUUUAGGUAACUGUCACUGAUGUUGGCAACUCAGCCAUUCAGGUUUUUAACAAAUCGACAAUCACUGUCACCAAUAACAUUGUGGUUUAACACUACACUUGGAAGGAUAAUCACACUAUACAAUUGACAAUUAUGGAAACUAAUCAUUUCUAAGCAGGUUUAGAAUAAGAAAGAUGGUGAAUUUUGGUCUUGCUUAUGAAAAUGAUAAAGUUUUCUUUCAACCAUUUCCUGGUACAAAGGAAAAAAAUCAGAGUUCCCUUGAGGUUUAAUUUCCCUUAUGAAAUCUGCCUUUUUUUUGUCCCAUGCUUAUAACAAGACCAAAAAACAUAUUUUGCCAUUUCUUGGUAAUAAGAAAAUUACAUAAUUUACUAUUUGGUAUCUGAAUUUGAUACAAUUUUUUGUGCCUUAUUUUGUUCAGAAGGCAGCUGAAUCAAACCAGUUAUACAGAAAAUAAGCCAGAGAUGUGGGAUAAAACAAAGCUUAAAUACAAAGAACAAAUCAGUACCUUAUCAACCUACAAGUGGUAUGGCAUUCACCUCAAAUAAGCUUGAAGCAAGCACAUGCAUAUACAUUUACAUUGUACCUUUGAAGUCCCUCACCUCUUCAUUAGAAAUCUUGCAGAUGGCUCACCAUUCUUGCAAGUCAACUUGAAUCUAAAAUGACACUUCAUUAGUACACGUAUUUUAUAGCCACAGACCAAAACUAAGUACACUGAAACCUCAAUUAUCCAGAAUUUUUUUAUUAUAUGGACUUGCUUCUCUGGUCCCACUAUCUAUAACCAUUUAUAAUCAUAUUUUCGAUUAUUCGGACUCUUGAUUAUCCUGGCUAUUAAGCGCAGUCCCCAGGGGUGUUGGUGAUCCAGGCUGAACCUCACAUGUAUGGCUUCACCAUGUCAAAAGUAGAACCAUAUUCAUAGGGUCUUUUUUUAGGGUCUUUUUUUAGGGUCUUUUUUUAGGGUCUUUUUUUCUAGCACUGUGAUGAAAUUCCACUCAAUUUAAUAACUUGAAGAUUAUAGAAUUGUUUUAAGUUUCAAGGAGCUACUGUGUAUCAGCUAUGUGGUGCUUUGAUUGUUUUCAGUUGGAGAUGCAGACGGGUUGGUCACCUCCCACAAGACUGCACAGUGAAGACUGUCAGCUCAACAGUUGGUGAGUGAAAAUUUUUUUGUAUGCUUUGCAUUAUAUGUACAUUCCUUUUAAAGCCACCAACCAUUUUGUUUAAAAGGUAUUUACAAUAUAGGGUAGAUCUUUGUUUAUUUUAUGGUAAAAUUUAUUAACAUACAUUGAGCAUUAAAAAUGUCUUCACCAAUUGUCCAUUUAGGAUUUGCAAGACAGCAAAAUGAAUUUUUAUACAGUUGCAGUGAUACUCUACAGGUAUGUUAAAAGCCAUUCUUGUUUAUUAUUUGUAACAUUAUUAUUCAUGCAAGUUUGAUUUCAUUUAUAAUAAUACUGGUUUUAAGAACGUCUGCAUAAUUUUUUUCUCGAAAAAAAUCUCUUUGAUGUGUCAUUAUUGAUUUUUUAGAAACCUUCAGAGGGGCCGUAUGACUCCAGCCGAUUAAAAGAGUAUUACAAAAGGUGAGAGCAUACCAGCAAUUGUACAACAACUGCAUGUCCUAGGGUUGUAGAGGGAAAAUAUGUCCAGAAAAAGUACCAAAAGUUUGGUUGAUAUACACUGUGCAUUGCACUUUAAAUCCUAGAAUAAGCGCCCACGCUCAGAUAAGCACCCACGCUCAGAUAAGCGCCCACGCUCAGAUAAGCGCCCACGCUCAGAUAAGCGCCCACGCUCAGAUAAGCGCCCACGCUCAGAUAAGCACCCACGCUCAGGUAAGCGCCCACGCUCAGAUAAGUCCCUUUUGGCCAUAAUGUUAAACAAGCGCUCCUCUCGAAAAAACGCCCCUCCUUCUCCUCCCUCUGUUUUUCACCUAGUAGGAACAAAGGAAAACCUGUUACUAUUGUCACGUAAUUGAUUUUUUAAAAGCUUGUACUACAGCGGAAUCAGUACAGGAGAAUAGUUCAUUCAAGGCGCUUCCAGUUAAAUCUACCUCUAUCAGCUUUCUAAUCUUUUAAUUUUUCUCCUAUUGCCGCGCUCUUGGUAAAUGCCGUUAACUUCCCAGGAACAACCAGACCAUUUUCUAGUCUAGUGAUUUCUACGAUAAUAAGCUAGUGGGAUGCCUCUAUUCGAGGGAAUGCGGUAUCUAGUUAUUUUAAGAGCUCGCUUAGCCACUUAUGACUUAUGAGAACAUGGAGCAAGCUGAAUGUGCUGCUUUCGGGAAGUGACCAUAACCAUGCUAGGAGGAGCCUUGGUGUUUGAGGAGUGAAGGUUGGGGGUGAAGGUUUGGAGUCAAAUUUCUGAGAAUGUAGAAUCAAUGUAUCAGUGUUCCUGAAACAAUUUCCUAUCCCUUUCUCUGCGACCAGAUGUCACAUGCUUCGCGAAUCCAAAGAUGCAAAGUGUAGUGACUGUGGCGUGAGGUCAAACCUGGCAUACUGUUUUGAGUGUGGGUAAGUGAAAAGAAUAGCUAUUGGUACCAAGUCACACGAAUUUCCAGCAAGUGAUGAUUGUUGAUUUUUCACUGAUUAUUUUUAAGAGAAUUAUAUACUUGAUUCCUUUUCUUUUUUUUUGUGAGAGUGAUUUUUUUUCUUUUGUUUUUGUUGCUGUAAGUUGUUGUUUUAGUGUAUAAACAAUUCACUGUGAAGUAUGAUCAUUACAAAACCAGUGAUCGGCCUUUCACAACGUGGUACAUAAAGAGAGCGAAACGAAAAAAAUGACAGGUAAUUUGGUGAAUUUUCUGUGUUUUAUUAAGAUAUAAAUCUUCUUUUCCAGAUUAAUUUUAUGCGACGGCCGCGGACAUCUUAUCGAUCAUCUAAUGGAGUAUCCCAGCCAUACGAAACUUUACUCCUACAAACUUCAGAGACAGGUUGGAGGUUACGAAGUUUUGCGGUUAUUGACCUUUUUCCAAUUUUUAUUGAUUGUGCAGUGUUAGUCAUAGUGAGAGUGACUACGAUUCCAUCUUAUUGUUUGAAGCUUUAAUAACUAAUAUUUGAGUUAAUAGUGAAAAACCAAACAAACAAACAAACAAACUAGGAAUGUUAGGAUGUUUUUUUACCCUAACCAGUGUGUUGUAAUUUCUUGGCGUGUUUCAGUUUCUGAUGAACAAAAUGAUUUGAUUUUCAGAUUAAAUGCUGUAAAUCAACUUGCGAGGUGAUGGACGCCACUCAGCUGUUAAUGUGUUCUUCGUGUCUCGACAGAGUGUUUACAAGUCAUUACUCCAUGAUUAACGCAACUUGGUAAGAAUUUUCCUAAAAAUAAUUUUGUUACAGAAUGACCAGUUAUUAUUUAUCACGAAGGGGGAUUGUGGGGGGAUUUUGGGUGGAUCAUAUGGUUUCAGGGGGUGUGGAGGGGUAUCAAUCGUUGCCAACAGAGUAUAGAGGGCGGAAUUACAGAAAAUUGAAUUCCAAUCAACUGCCAAUGAGGAAGGAAUCAUAAGAAUAUAAUAAGAGGCUUAAAGGGGGAUUAGAUGACUUUGAUCGUGACAAGACCAAAAUCAUCCAAACCCUUCUUUCCCCUCCCCCCCUCCCUCCCUCCCUCCCUCCCUCGCCCUUCAUGCAAGAAAUGGUGACCGGCCCUGAGAGACAGAGGAGAAAAGAGCGAAUACAUAGAAUACAAAGACAAACAAUCAUUCGACAGCAGAAACAACGACAAAGACUAAUAUUAUUAAUACUAAGAGGCAUGUCCCUUGUUUCAUAGGUCUAGGACUGGACUAAAAGCGCUCCCUAAUACUCUCGCAUGUGAGCAGCAUUUUCAUUGGUAAGAACAGCAACUACGUUUUAAUGCACUUUUGAGAACAUUUCCUGCAAUGCUAAACCAUUAAAGUGAAAGUUGAACUUAGCUUUGUUGCAGGGAUCAAUGAUAACUGUUCUUAAAAGGGAUUCAUUUCUCUCUUUGUAAGUUUUCUGAAAAUGUUCAGGUUAGUUAGUGAGUCGCCUCGCCUGCUUAGUAUAGGUAAUAACAUGAUUUCGAGUGCAAUUUGGUGUUAGUAAGCACGAGGAAAUUUUUCAAAGACAACAGAAUUGCACGAGCCCGUGGGGCGGGCAACUGCAAUUUUUAAUCUUUGAAAAUUACACCAAAUUGCAAGAGAAAUCAUGUCAUUACUUGUUAAUAAUGUGCACGAAAGAAGAUCACAGGGAGUCAAGACAGAUGAAAUUUUAAAAGUGUGCGCGCGCUCUUUGUUAUUUGCACUUGUGUUACAACUUGACAUUCGUGUUACAUGAGAAUGCACUCGUUUUCAGCCACUAGAAGCGCGUAAUUUUUUAAUAUACAUUAUUAAUCACCAAAUCUUUGUUCGUUGUUUGGUCGUUGUUAUUUCUCUACCAAAGCAUAAUAAAUUAAGACUUUUUUUUCCGUUUUUCAUCCAAAUAACUGGAGUACCCUAGCCAAAGAGUGAAUGCGGGUGAUUUGUUGUUUUCAGGCACCGAAUGAAUUGUGCUAAUCCUACUGGAGAGGUCCUGGUAACGAGGGAAAAACUGGAGAAUAGUAGGGCGAGAGGCGACGGACUCCUCAGUGAAUUUUAUUUUUAA